AAGGCUUUAUUAGGGGCUUCCGUUCCACCACGGGGGAGACAGCACCGCAGGGAGAGUUCUCCGGCUGGCUCCCCAGGGGAGUGUGUUGUGGCGUCUUGAGGAGGGCGACACGCGUAAUUCAUGAGGUAGGUGAGCGUUCCUGCAGGAGUGACAGAACACACAGGGAUAGUUAGGAAUCGCGGUAACACGUACAUCGCAGGAUCAGAACACGACGAGAAAGCCUCUCCCUGGCAGAGGCUUUUGUUUUGUUUCUGUCUUGUCACCGAGUCUGGAGUGCAGUGACAAGAUCUCGGCUCCCUGCAACCUCCGCCUCCCAGGUUCAAGCGAUUCUCGUGCCUCAGCCUCCCGAGUAGCUGGGAUUACACCACCACACCUGGCUAAUUUUUGUAUUUUUAGUAGAGACGGGGUUUCACCUUGUUGGCCAGGCUGGUCUCAAACUCCUGACACCUCAGGUGAUCCGUCCGCUUCGGCCUUCCAAAGUGCUGGGAUUCCAGGUGAGAGUUCCCGCGCCGAGGCAGAGGUUUUGGUCUUGUAAUGAGGCCGAGGGUAAAGAGUGGUCGUGCUUCCGGCUUCGUGCACACAAAGGCAAUGGAGUUCAUUCCCUGAAGUACAAGAUUGAAAGUGCGACGCUGCCUAUCUUCAUUUUUCAAGGUCGUGUGAUCAGUGGAUGUGGCAUUUUGUGUAAGAUUUAUAGUGGAAUGCUGCUUAUCUUAAUUCUUUCACUGUCCUUCAAUGAGCAGGCAAGGCCACCCUGCCCCCCGGCCCCCACCUGCCCGCCCCGCCUGCCCUUCCUCACCCCGGGUGCCUGCGGGAUUGCUGGAGAGAACGCGGCGAUGGAGCCGGGCAGGACCCAGAUAAAGCUUGACCCCAGGUACACAGCAGAUCUUCUGGAGGUGCUGAAGACCAAUUACGGCAUCCCCUCCGCCUGCUUCUCUCCGCCUCCCACAGCAGCCCAACUCCUGAGAGCCCUGGGCCCUGUGGAACUUGCCCUCACCAGCAUCCUGACCUUGCUGGCGCUGGGCUCCAUUGCCAUCUUCCUGGAGGAUGCCGUCUACCUGUACAAGAACACCCUUUGCCCCAUCAAGAGGCGGACUCUGCUCUGGAAUAGCUCGGCACCCACGGUGGUGUCUGUGCUGUGCUGCUUUGGUCUCUGGAUCCCUCGUUCCCUGGUGCUGGUGGAAAUGACCAUCACCUCGUUUUAUGCCGUGUGCUUUUACCUGCUGAUGCUGGUCAUGGUGGAAGGCUUUGGGGGGAAGGAGGCAGUGCUGAGGACGCUGAGGGACACCCCGAUGAUGGUCCACACAGGCCCCUGCUGCUGCUGCUGCCCCUGCUGUCCGCGGCUGCUGCUCACCAGGAAGAAGCUUCAGCUGCUGAUGUUGGGCCCUUUCCAAUACGCCUUCUUGAAGAUAACGCUGACCCUGGUGGGCCUGUUUCUCAUCCCCGACGGCAUCUAUGACCCAGCAGACAUUUCUGAGGGGAGCACAGCUCUAUGGAUCAACACUUUCCUCGGCGUGUCCACACUGCUGGCUCUCUGGACCCUGGGCAUCAUUUCCCGUCAAGCCAGGCUACACCUGGGUGAGCAGAACAUGGGAGCCAAAUUUGCUCUGUUCCAGGUUCUCCUCAUCCUGACUGCCCUACAGCCCUCCAUCUUCUCAGUCCUGGCCAACGGUGGGCAGAUUGCUUGUUCGCCUCCCUAUUCCUCUAAAACCAGGUCUCAAGUGAUGAAUUGCCACCUCCUCAUACUGGAGACUUUCCUAAUGACUGUGCUGACACGAAUGUACUACCGAAGGAAAGACCACAAGGUUGGGUAUGAAACUUUCUCUUCUCCAGACCUGGACUUGAACCUCAAAGCCUAAGGUGGAUGGCUUGGACAAUGAAAGGAUGCUGUACUCAUUAGAAUACAAGAUUCCUUUACUGUCCCUCAACCUUGACCAAAUGGGAAGCAUUCCCCCUUGUCAACACAAGCUGGCAGAUACAUUUGACUCUACAGAUGAAGGUGAACAAUGUUAGGAUAAAAUUGCUUUGGAUCUUGCCUGGAAGGUGUUUUAAGUUUUGUAAUAAACAAGAUGAUGUCUGAAAAUGUGUAA